GUCAGCCUCUGCUUGGGAAGUUCCCUCUGGGGACAUCUUCUGGUGGGUACUACGGGCCUUAUUCCAGGCCCUAUGGCCUGUGGAACCUCACCACUGGGGGGAAGGCUGGGCCAAAGGGAGUCAUCAGCUGUGGUGCUGGCCCCAUGGAUGAGGUGGAGUGGACACACAGACACCCCAAGGCCGAGGACCUAAGGGUCGGGCUCAUCAGCUGGGCAGGAACCUACCUGACCUCUGAGCCAUAUAAAAAUACGAUCACUGCUACAGCGAAGAGUUUGGGCAAGAGACAGACCUGGGAGCUCCUGGUGAGCAAUGAGCACGAUACACAGGCCGUGGUACGACUAAAGAGCUUGCAGGGCCUUUACCUUCUGUGUGAGGGGGAUGGCACUGUGUGCUAUGGCCGGCCAAGGACCAGUCACCAUGGGUGCUUCCUACUCCGCUUCCACCGGAAUGGCAAAUGGACCCUCCAGUGUAUAAUUUCUGGUCGUUAUCUGGAGUCUGACGGUGAGGAUGUGUUCUGCAACUCCCGGGUCCUCUCAGCUUACCACAUGUGGACCCCCAGGCCUGCCCUGCAUGUCCACGUGAUCCUCUAUAGUCCCAUCCACCAUACCUAUGCCCGGGCCGAUCCCACCAUGGGCCGCAUCUGGGUAGACGCAGCAGUUCCCUGCUUGGAGGAAUGUGGCUUUCUGUUGCAUUUCCAAGAAGGAUGCUAUCACCUGGAGACCUCUACACACCACUUCUUGUCCCAUGUAGACCGGCUGGUCUCCCAACCCUCAUCACAGACAGCUUUUCACAUGCAAGUGCGGCCUGGAGGGCUCAUAGCACUGUGCGAUGGAGAAGGAGGCAUGUUAUAUCCACAGGGCAUGCAUCUGCUCCUGGGCCUGGGCUCUAAUCCCUUGAGGGGUGAAGAGUGGUUCAUCCUACAGCACUGCCCAACCUGGGUCAGCCUCAGGCCAAAGACUCGAAGAUUCAUCUCAGUCAUCUGUGAUGCUGAGGUGUAUGCUGCCUCUGAGCGCUUGACCCCAAUGUCCUUGUUCCAGUUUGAAUGUGACAGUGAGAACCUCACCUUGCAACUUCGUUCAGCCAAUGGUUAUUACCUAGCCCAGAGGCGCCACAGGACAGUGAUGGCCAACGGGCACCCACUGGAAUCUGAAACCUUCUUCCGUAUGCACUGGAAUUGUGGCAGGAUCAUCCUACAAUCUUCCACUGGGUGUUUCCUGGGCAUCGCAGGCAAUGGCCUACUGAUGGCCAAUGCCACCAUUCCAGGUCCAAAUGAGGAAUUUAGUACGAUUAACCGCUCUUUCCUCAUAUUGCGAGGUCGGUAUGGGUAUGUGGGCUCUUGCCCGGAUCGUGACCUCAUACAGUGCAAUAUGGAUCAGCCUGACUGCAUUCACCUACUUCCCUGCCGCCAGGGCAUCUACCACUUCCAGGCACAGGGUGGAUCCUUCUGGUCAAUAACAUCCUUUGGCACCUUUCGUCCUUGGGGAAAGUUUGCCCUCAACUUCUGUAUCGAGCUUCAGGGGAGCAACUUGCUCACUGUGCUGGCACCUAAUGGCUUCUACAUGCGAGCCGACCGAAGCGGUACUCUAUUGGCAGACAGCGAAGACAUUACCAAAGAAUGUAUCUGGGAAUUUUAGGUCAAUGGGAUGCCACCUACCAGUAUCCAAAUCCUCCAGGAAAAACUACUGCACUAAACAGAACAGGAAACCCAGAAUCAAGAUCCAAGAGAACAAUAUGUGUUACACAACUUUUUCUACCCAGUUUAGCAAAACACCCAUUUCAAGCAACAAAUACAUCACAACAGGCCACCCCCAAGAUCUUUGUGUGCCUCUGACU